AUGGCCGACAAUCAGACCACCGCAAAGGAUGCCGGGAGCCCUGCGCCUGUUGGCCCCGCUCUCGAAGCUGAACCUCGAAACGACAAUGUCGCAAAGGACGAUGCCUCGGACAGAGCACCUUCUGGGGUAUCAUCGAGUACGAGCCUAUCUAGUUCCAUUCUCCAGCAUCGCCUGGAGAACGGAAGAACUUAUCACAAAUACAAGGAAGGGAAAUAUCUUUUCCCCAAUGAUGAGAGAGAGAAUGAAAGACUAGACUUGCAACAUGACCUUUAUCUUUUGAACUUGUAUUACAAGCUUGGUCUUACUCCCCCAAACGAGGAACCUUCACGUGUAAAGCGCGCUAUUGACAUUGGAACCGGCACAGGCCUUUGGGCAAUUGAGUUCGCCGAUGAACACCCCGAGGCUGAAAGUUCAUCUGCUCACCAUGUUGUGAGUGUUCCACCGAAUGUUAAAUUCGAAGUCGAUGACAUUGACCAGCCGUGGGCGUACGGUCAAACCUUGGGCUACAUCCACAUUCGUGGCAUGAUAUCUAGCAUCUCAGACCGGCCUGUAUUUGUCGAGAAAGUCUACAACGAUAAGGAGAACACUUGUGACACUCCGCCUGAAAUUGUCACAAUGGAGACAUCGGAUCAGGAGCAGGAGACAGCGUGGAACCAACAGGAGACAAGUUGGGGCCCAUGCAACGAUAAUUCACAAGACUAUUCUGAACAUUGCUCUCGGGGCGAAGAUGUGUCUUCAUGGCCCGCAAACGAGCCUCAGUGGGCUGAAUUUAUUGUCAGCGGCACGAAGCCAGAAGAAAUUGACGACAGCUCACCAUCGAGACUGGAGUGGCUAAGACAGAAGCGAGAGAACAACGAAAGGAACGCGUACCUUGACCAACUCAUGACUAUGGUUGGUCUUGAAAAUGUGAAAGCCCAUUUUCUUGCUGUCAAGGCCAAGGUCGAGGCGAACAAGCAAGCCGAUACCAGGCAUAAGAAGUUGCGACUUCAUCUAGUUCUCCAUGGGAAAGAUGGAACAGGCAAGAAGUCUGUCGCACAACUUUAUGCGCAGUUCCUUCAUUCCAUUGGGGCUGUGGCCGAUCAGACGUUUACCAGAACGUCACAACUAUACCCCCAUAAACAUUCUGAUGAUGAUAAGAAAGAUGAUAAUCACGAAGGAAAUGACGAUGAAGAUGAAGAUGAAGAUGAAGAGAAGCCGGCAGUUAUUUUCUACGAUAUUUCUGAUGGCAGCCACAAAUCAUGCUCGGACGUCGUUAGCAACGCAAUCCAAAAUACGGAGGAAUCUGUUGUGAUUAUCUCCUCCAGGAUGAAGUCCCUUCUCGACUCUAUUGAGAGCAGCGAUAAGGCUUUACAGCAAUUGCCGGCCCCAUUAACCAUUUCAGACUAUGACGACGAAGAACUGCGACAAAUUUUCGUGCGGAUUAUGCAGAAAAGGGGGUUUUCAGUUGAGGGUGGGUUCGAAGAUGGCAUUGUGCGCGCCAUAGUGCAACGAGUGGCACGAAAACGAAAGUACGAAUCAUUCUUGAACGUUCAUCACUUGCAACGAGAAUUGAGCCACGUGUGCACCAGGCAGGCACUUCGACAUCGAGGGGAAUAUAUGCGAUGGUUCGGCAGUUCUCUGAUCUCCGACUCAAAGGCAUCGUGUCCGUCAGACCAGCAAAGAAAUGAUGCGACAGACAACAGCGACCGUCCCCAAGCUCUGGAUGUAAUCGAUGGGCAAGACACGGUAUUUACGCCAGAAGAUCUCCUAGGACCGGAGCCCAACGACGUAAGACACGACAAUGCCUCAUGGAAGAAGCUACAAAUCAUGAUCGGACUCAACAGAGUCAAGAGCGAGUGUGGUGAUAUCAUCGAUUUCGCUCAGAUUAACUAUCAGCGUGAGCUUCUGGGACUGAAACCGCUGAAGGUCGGUCUAAACAAAGUGUUUCUCGGACCCCCUGGAGUAGGGAAAACGACUGUCGCUGAAUUAUACGGCCAAGUCAUCAUCGAUCUCGGGCUUGUCACUGGGAAUGAGGUGAUGGUACGGAAUCCAUCUCACUUUAUUGGCCAGUACAUCGGGGAAUCCGAGACGAAGACGGUGGCUAUUCUCAAUCAAGCUAAGGGGAACGUGCUAAUCAUCGACGACGCACACAUGUUGUAUCCUGGUUCAGAGACGGAUGAGUUUCGCAUCGGAGUGCUUGACACUAUUGUUGCGAACGUAUCGGCAGAUCCAGAGGACAGAUGCAUUAUACUUGUCGGGUACGAAUAUGAGAUGGGUCAGCUGUUCAACAACAGCAACCCAGGGCUUCAGAGACGUUUCCCCAAGGAAACUGCUCUGCACUUUGACCCUUAUAGCGAGGACGAAUUGUACCAGAUCAUGGAUCUUAAAGCCAAGCAGUGUGACCUCGAGAUGACACAAGAGGCCAGGACGGUGGCUCGGCAAGUCAUCAGCCGCAUGCGCAUCAACCCAAAGUCUGGAAAUGCGGGAGAUGUCGAGAAUCUACUCAACCAGGCAAAGAUCCGUCUCAAUGCGAGAAUCAGAUCCCGACUUUCUUACGGCCAAGCAUCGGUGCAAGCUAGCAUCGAACCUGCCGAUAUUGACCCACAGUGGGAUCGGGCUUCACGAGCUGAGGAAAACAGAGCAGCCCUCUUUGAAGAUUUUGUCGGGUUCAGAUCGAUCGUCGAAAAGUUCGAGGGAUACCAGCUCCUAGUUGACGGCAUGCGGCUACAUGAUAUUGAUCCUAGGCCUCAUAUUCCGUGGGCCUUCAUUUUCAAGGGUCCACCAGGAACUGGUAAAACAUCGACUGCUCGAAAGAUCGGGCGCCUAUACUACGACAUGGGCCUGCUUUCCACAGAUGAGGUUGUGAGUUGCUCAGUCACCGAUCUUGUUGGAGAAUAUCUGGGGCAAACCGGUCCAAAAGUCCUCAAAACCCUUGAAACUGGCCUCGGAAAGGUUCUGUUCAUUGACGAAGCCUACCGUUUGGCCACGGGCACCAAUGGCACAAGUGGCUCUAACUUCCACAUGGAAGCCGUCGGAGAGCUAGUCGAUGCCAUGACGCAGCCGCGGUACAGGAACAACAUGGUCAUAAUCUUGGCCGGAUACACCCGCGAGAUGGAUUGUUUACUGCAGACCAACCCGGGUUUGCGAAGCAGAUUCCCAGAACAUAUCACAUUUGACCCCAUGGCUCCACACGCAUGUCUUCAGUAUCUCAAGAAUCAGCUUCAUAAGCUCAGGAUCGGCAUCGUGGAAGGAGAUGACUCAUCGGAGAUUGUCCACGACCUGUUUGAAAGUCUUAGCCUCACAACGGGGUGGGCCAGUGGUCGUGACGUCGAGACGUUGGCCAGAAGGAUCAUCAGCAGUGUGUACAUGCAGCAGGGCAAGUUUGGGAAGAAAGGAGCGGUGGAUUCCCUGCAGAUGACUACAACUGAUCUUAUUCCAAUACUCGAAGAGAUGUGGAAGGAGCGCAGCUGA